CUUUUUUUUUUUUUUUCAUGUCAGCUGAACACGAUCUACUAAAGACAAAACGCGCUUUACAGAAGGCAACAGAAAAUGAUAAUACCCAGGACAUUCUUGAUAUCAUGAAUCAACUGGCCAUGGUGAAAGCCACUCAAGACUUAUUAAAGAAAACGGAUAUAGGCAAAGUACUUGGUAAAUUACGAUCACAUUCAGACGCAAAAGUAUCACAACGAGCAAAAGGCAUUGUAAAGAAAUGGAAAGACGAUGUGGUAAAUGCUGGUGUUAUUCCUUCUAGAAAAUCCAGUGUGGCUUCUCAACCUUCUCAAUCAUCUUCACCAACUUCUUCUCCACCAAAAACUCCAACAACUCAACUUCCCAGUAAUAAUGGACCACCAAGAACUAUUAAAUCAGACGAAAUGGUGUUCAAAUCUACAGGAAAUACACCGAGAGACAAAACAAUUGAACUUAUGUAUAAUUCUUUAGCUUUAGAUAGUUUCGCUGAUUCAGAAUUAUUAUUAAAAAGGGCCAUUGCUAUUGAACGAACAGUAUUUACCAAUAUUGGACAAGUGGAUAGUGAAUACAAGACCAAAAUUCGAUCUCUAUCACUUAAUCUAAAAAGUAAAAGUAAUCCUGGAUUACGAGAAAGUACAGUUAGUGGUGAAUUAUCAAUAGUGAAAUUAUGUACCAUGUCUGUAGAAGAUAUGGCAUCAGAAGAAUCCAAGGCACGGGAUCGUAAAUUAGCGGAAGAAGCAUUAUUCAAGGCACGAGGCGCUGGCACGGCUCAAGCAGAGACGGAUAUGUUCAUAUGUGGAAAGUGUAAGCAACGAAAAUGUACAUACUUCCAAAUGCAGACUAGGAGUGCGGAUGAACCUAUGACUACAUUUGUUACUUGUCUUAGUUGUAAUAAUCGAUGGAAGUUUUGUUAAUAAUAUAUUGGAUAGUUUAGAAUAUAUAUAUAUAUAUGAUUUUGACUCUAUUUUUAUAUACAUGGUGAACAUAAUAAUAAAGAAAAACAUACCUAUUUUUA